UUGGCAACCGCAGCUAAGGUGUCAGCUACCUCCGGCACACAAUUCAAAUCUCUCCCGCAGGACACCCUGCUCCCGGUACUGCCACACGCCAUGGUUUUCGCAGAGUGAAAGGAUUCUGCUGGGGCCUAGUUGCUCUAUCCUACGAGGAAACUGACGCCAUCUUGGAUCUGCACAGACGUAAAUACUCAUUGGGUAGCAAGAUGGAUGUAGACCCACAAUGGCUGUGCACGUAGGACAGUUACAUUUCUCGUAAAAGAUCGCGAUAACUGCUCUAUAGUUUAUUAACCUUGAAUUUAACUGUUGCUGUUCAUGUCAAAGCCUGUGUCCAUUUAUUAAUGGUCUUUCUACAGAAAUAUCCUGCUCGUAUUUCGUUUUCUAAUACAGUUAAAUAUAGUAACUGUCACAUUUAGUAAUAAUACAAUAUUUUGUCAGAUUGAUAUUAUAAGCUGAAUUAGGCAUAGGCCUAUCCUCUAAAUAACAAACGUUGUAUUUGUAGGGAGAGGAUAUUCAAUUUCAUAAAUUGCUUUAUAAAUUGCCCAUAGCAAAUAUAUUUUCAAAAAGCAUCAAAAUAGACUUUUAACCGGCCCCUGGAAAAGUGGCCCUCAGGCAAAGCAGGUUGAGUAUAGGGCAAUAUGUUAUACUCCACAGGUCGCAGUAUAAAAAGCAGGCUUUUCAGAAGAUUUUGCUGAUGCUGGUGGUUGGUGCCUUUUUUUAACUGCAAACUGAAAAUGAUGAAAGAGAUAUGUUCGAAACUUGCACACACAUCUAACAAGAUGACUGUUAUUCUGCAAAACGUAGGUGUGCAGAAAAAGGCUUCCCUGGAUAUUACUUUCACAGCAUGGUGGGAUAAAAUAUCACUUAUGUCAACUCGAAUGGUUUUGAAGAUAGGUCUUACGUAUUUUUGAGCAAGGUGUCAUAUUUGGGAGGUCUAUAAAAAGGGAAAACCCAAGGUCUUUCAGACUUUGCGUUAGAUGAGAGUGAGUCUAGGUGGGAUACAUUACAACAAAAAAGGUUUCUGAUCUUGUUUGACCAGUUUUUUAUAGAUGGACUCUGCUUUAAUCUUGUUGUAAAUAAUAAUUUUGGCCGCCUGUCUCUGGGAAAGACAAUCUGAUUAAUUUAUCAAGAAAUCUAUCUGUAUUUUCCUAAUUUUUAAGUUAUGGCAUUGGAAGAUAUCUGUGGUUUCCAAGACACUCCUUUGCAUCGCAAGUGCUUUCCUGCCUCUCAUUUUGAGGACACAGCCACCUCUUUCGACUGUUACAGCGCAGAAUUUAGGGGACUGAAGAAAUCUGGGAGAGACAGUGGGAUCCCGCUGCAAUUCUUUAUACCAUCUUUGCCGAACUCUGCCCCUUUCAACCACAGAUCUACAUCCCAUUUUUCACCAUCCAAACAUUCAGUGACGGUCCGCAGGCCUUUCCCUCUGUCUCAUGGAACAACAACCUUGGGUUUCAUCUUCCAAGGUGGGGUCAUCGCAGCUGCAGACACACGUGCCAGUGCCGGGGGAUUGGUUGCCUGUCCAGCUGUUCACAAAAUUACCCCUAUUCACUCCCAUUUAGUAGUCACCUCCUCUGGGAGUGGUGCAGACUGCAUGCUGUGGGAGCGAAUUCUGGCCAGAGAGAUCAGACUCUACCAACUCCGGCACAGGCGUUGCCUUUCAAUAUGUGGCACUGCCAAGCUCCUCUCAUUCAUGCUUCACCCCUUUAAAGGGACUGAUGUGUGUGUGGCUCUUACACUGUGUGGCUGGGAUAAAGAAGCAGGCAACACUGACUCAUCCUUUAUUACUGACAAUAGCUCCUCUGCUGGUUUUAGUAGCCAAGAUGUUUCUGCAAUGGCGUAUCCUUCAUCCCCUAACAGGGGCCCAAAGCUGAUUUAUGUGUGCAGCGAUGGUGCCCGACUGCAGGGGGACGUUUUUUCUGUGGGCUCAGGCUCUCCCUACGCUUAUGGAGUCCUGGAUGGAAGGCUGAGGUGGAACCUGAGCAAAGAAGAAGCUGUCUCCUUGGCAAGAGAAGCAGUGUUCAGAGCCACUCACAGGGACGCCUACUCAGGAAACAAUGUGGACCUGUUCCACAUCACAGCCCAGGGAUGGAGCCGAAGAAAGAGAGAGGAGCUGAAAGAGGAAUAUUAUAGAGACAUGGAGAGGAGAACGAAGACAGUGGGGGAAAGAAAAAGAGUGACUGUAUUGGAUGCUUUGGGAUAA